GAAGUAUUUUUUUUUGUGUCGUCCAAAAUUAGGAAAACCCAGACUGGUCGCACGUCUUCGGGUCGGGCUAGUUUGAGUUCAGUUUUUUCCCCACACAAUGAACGUACUGAAACUAACGUUGAUGAAAGGAAGGCCUUAGCUUCAUCUUCUCCGGCUUCCCAUCGCCUUCCACUCCCAUUAAAGGCAAUUUCCGGUGAUGAUAAGAUUGGCGGCGGCUGCCACGUCCACCAUCAAGCCGCCACUUUUAUUUCUGUCAUUUUCGAUUGCUUCGUCCGAGGACCCCAAGGAGCUCUAUUCUCAGCUCCUCUCUCUCCUGUCCCUCCCGAAUUGGCAAAAAAGCCAUUCUCUCAAGAGGCUAUUGCCUUCUCUGUCCCCUUCUCAUAUCUCCUCUUUCAUCUCCAGAAACCAGUCUCUCGAUCCACGUACUGCUGUUUCCUUCUUCGACUAUCUCUCUCGUGUCCCUUCAUUCAAGCUUGAUGUGCAGUGCUAUUUGUCACUCCUUCACAUUCUCCUACCCCGUAAGCUGUUUCCCGCCGCCGAUCGAAUACGCGUUUUGAUGAUUAAAUCCUGCCAAAGCCCAGAUGAAGCGAAACAUGCCGUUACUUUGUUUCUGGGUAUGCAUAAUAUGGAUGAUCAUGAUGAUGGUGAUGGUGGCAGUAGUCUAAAAUUCAAAUUUAAGCUCAAUGUUAGGUCUUGUAACACGAUGUUGAUGUCUUUGUCGAGGUUUCUGCUGAUUGAGGAUAUGAAAUGCUUGUAUCUGGAGAUGUUGAGGGCUAAGAUUUCACCUAAUAUUUACACAUUCAAUACUAUGAUAAACGGCUACUGCAAACUGGGCAAUGUGAGUGAAGCUGAGAUGUACAUGAGUAAGAUCUGUCAAGCUGGAUUGAGUCCAGAUGCUCACACAUACACUUCGUUCAUCUUAGGUUAUUGCAGGAAAAUGGAUAUAAGUAGUGCACGUAAGGUAUUCGAGGAAAUGCCUCAGAAGAGUUGUCCGAGGAGUCAUGUCACCUAUAACAUUUUGAUGCAUGGGUUGUGUGAAGCAGGAAAGGUAGAUGAUGCGUUGAAGCUGUUUUCACAAAUGGGGAUUGAUCAUUGUUGUCCAAAUGUCCGGAGCUAUACAAUUUUGAUUGAUGCAUUGUGCGAAUUGAAUAGGGAAGUCGAGGCGUUGAAUCUGUUUGAUGAGAUGGUGGAGAAAGGAUGCCAACCAAAUGUCCACACUUACACUGUUCUCAUUGAUGGGAUGUGUAAAGGAAAGAAGCUUGUUGAAGCAAGAGGGUUAUUAGAUGAGAUGGGGAAAAGGGGUCAAGCUCCUAAUGUGGUAACUUACAAUGCUUUGAUUGAUGGUUACUGUAAAGUGCAAAAUGUUGAUUCUGCAAUGGAGAUAUUCAACUUGAUGGUAUUAAAUAAGUGUAAGCCAAAUGUGCGCACGUAUAACGAGUUGAUUUCUGGAUUUUGUCUGGUGAAAAAGGUGCACAAAGCAAUGGGACUACUUGAUAAGAUGCUUAAACAGAAGCUCUCUCCAUCAGUUGUCACAUACAAUUUGUUGGUCCAUGGGCAAUGUAGCGAGGGCCACAUAGAUAGCGCUCUCAGAUUGCUUACGUUGAUGGGUGAGAGUGAUGUGGCUCCAAAUGAGCAGACCUAUGGUCCUGUGAUCAAUGCAUUAUGUGAAAAAGGCUGUGUUAAACAUGCUCGUUCUAUAUUUGACUCUUUGAAGGAUAAGGGUGUAGAAGCAAAUGAUGUGAUAUACACCUCUUUAAUUAAUGGUUAUUGUAGAGUAGAAAAUCUUGAUGUUGCCCUAACUUUGUUCAAAAGGAUGCUUGAUGAGCAAUUCAUUCCAAAUUCAAGCACCUAUAAUGUAAUACUUAGUGCUUUAUGCCAAAAAAAUAAGCUCCAGGAAGCCACUAAGUUGUUGGAAAGUAUGGAAAAAAGAGGAGUCAAACCCACUGUAGUUACUUAUAGUAUUUUGAUUGAGAAAAUGCUAAAAGAUAACGACUUUUGCGGUGCUUAUGGGGUUCUUAAUUUAAUGGUGUCCUUGGGAUCUAAACCUGAUGUCUGCACUUACACUUCAUUUCUUGUGGCAUAUUGCAACCAAGGGAAGUUGGAAGAAGCUGAAAAAUUGAUGGCAAAAAUGAUAAAGGACGGGGUAAUGCCAGAUUUGAUGAUGUGUACAGCAUUAAUGGAUGGGUAUGGACGUUUGAGAUUACUAGAACACUCCUUUCGUACUUUUAAAUCCAUGGUUGGUGCUGGAUGUAAACCUUCUCUGUAUACCUACUCAGUUUUAAUCAAGCAUUUGUUACAUGAAAAUCGAAUAGAAAAAUGUGUCAAUAGGUUUGAAGUUGGAUCUAUAAACAUUGUGGAUGUGUGGAAAAUAACGGAUUUUGUAACUGUUGUCGAAUUGUUUGAAAAAAUGGUGAAACAUGGCUGCCCUCCUGACACAAAUACGUAUAGUACACUUAUUUAUGGACUUUGUAGAGAAGGACGCUUUGAAGAAGCUCGGAUGCUUGUUGAUCAUAUGAAAGACAGUGGAAUGUCUCCUGGUGAAGAUAUCUAUAACACACUGAUAAGAUGUUGCUGCAAGUUAAAAAGGUAUGAUGAUGCAGCAAAUUUGGCUGAUACAAUGGUUAUGCAUGGUUAUUUACCACAUUUUGAGGCCUACAAUUUCCUUGUAUGUGGAUUCUAUGAAGAAGGACGUAAUGGAAGGGCUGAGGAAGCUUUCUUAAAGCUCCUUAACUGUGGUUAUAAUAAUGAUGAAGUUGUAUGGAAACUGUUAAUUGAUGGCUUACUUAAGAGAGGGCUUUCUGAUAGAUGCUCCGAGGUUUUAGGUAUCAUGGAAAAAAAUGGUAACCUGAUUCAUCCUCAAACAUAUACUAUGCUGAUAGAAGGACUUAUUCAAACAGAAGGGCGUGUAGAAGAAUAGUAAUGUGCUCAAUUUAGUAUCCAUGGAGCACCUUCAUGCAAUGAUUCUUACUUCUGCAACGAUUUGUACGCAAUUCUUGAGUUGCCACUUCAGUCAAGUAGUCCUGUCCAAGAGCUCCACCUUCUAGUAAAACUGAUCAAGAGACCAAGAUUAAGUGGCAGCAGGCAUUUUAUUCAACAUUGUCCAACAAAUGGUGACCCCAAUUUUGACGUCAGGAAGGUGAAGCCUCCAACUGGUAUUCCAAAGUCCAUGCUAGUGACUACCCCAGACGGUUCAUAUGCUUUACCAAGUGGGGCCAGUGCUGUUAUGAAGCCAAAUGAGGCUGCCUUUGAUAAUGAAGUUGAGGGCAUGCCUUCUACGCGCUCCAUAGGCGAGCUUCCUCCAGAACUUCAUUGUCUAUUAUGUAAAGAAGUCAUGAAAGAUGCUGUCCUUACUAGCAAGUGUUGCUUCAAGAGUUUCUGUGACAAAUAUAUGGAGUCUGCUCGAACUCCUUAUCCUACGAUUCCGUCCCCUUCACAAUCUGUUGCUUUGCGAGGAGGAGAUAAGAUGCUCCUGGCACCACCUCUUCAGAAGGAAGAGACUUUGAAGGCUCAAGAAGCAAUAAACGAAGUAAAGGUGGAGACUGUUCUAAAGUGUUGGAGAGAGGGAAAACUUUAAAGGUGGUUGAUGUUUCAGAAGCUACACAUGAGUCAAUUAGUGUGAAAGAACCAGCUUCUCAGGGAAGUGCUCCACUGGUUGAUGAAGUCCAGCAGAAGCAAGCUGCUUUAGAUGCUGGAAAGAAGAAAAAGAAGAAACCCCGCAUGCCUUCAACCGUUGCAGAGAUGCAGUGGAGAGCAUCCCAGGAUAUGGGUGCUGAGAAUUAUAUGAUGCCCAUGGGUCCUUCUUAGAAUCCAUAUUGGACAGGAAUGCAACCUGGAUUGGACGGAUUUGGAGGCCCGUUUCCUGGUCCCAUGCCAUUUAUGAAUUAUGGUUUUGGCCCGUUGGAUGUUCCAUUUGGUCCGAUGGUGCCACCGAAUCCAUUUGGAGGACAAAGUUGCAUGUUACCACCUUUUGUCCCUCCUCAGAGAGAUCAGGCUAUUAUGGGAUUUAAUGCUGGCCCUCCUAUUAUGAGCCGGGAGGAAUUUGAAGCUAGAAAAGCAUAUUUGAAGAGGAAGCGUGAGUUUGAAAUGCGGAGAGAGAGGUACCAAUGAUCAUCUUGUUUGUUUACUUCAUGGUUUCCCGACCAACCAAGCCUUCUGGAUUUUCAUUAUUUUGUGAUUCUGGUUUCUGUGUUUGAUUGUGAAUUUGUAAUCUUACAUUGUCAUAGUUCACGCUCUUUGUGAACACCUGCACUGAGUAUAAGUUACAUUUUGAGCGCCUAACGAAUUUGAUCUCCAAAUAUUGUGGAAUGCCCUUUUAGGUGCUAACAUAUUUGAUUUCAACUUGAAUCUCAUACAUUGUAUAAGACAAUUUGCGUAGCUACAGGACCUUUGGUAAAAACGUUUUAGACUAAAAAAU